AUGUUGGACCACGAGCCGGUCCUCCUUGAUCUCGACUUCCUUCUCCUCGACGAGCCCGAGCCGGCGCUCACCUGUGGGAACAAAACCCCACCGGUUCGCGUCGCGGAGACCCGCCGGCUGGCGGUCUCGGUCGAGGAGGAGCGGCGACGCCUCCGCAUCAUCUCGAACCGGGAGUCCGCCAGACGGUCUCGUAUACGGAGGCGGCGCCAACUCGAGGGUCUCCGGUCCGAGGCGGACCGACUCAGGGCGCAGAACCGAGCCGUUGCCGGCCGGCUCGGGCGUGUGAACCGCUCGGUCCUCCUUUUCCACCGCGACAACGAGCGUCUUCGGUCCGAGUCCGCUGGGCUCCGACGGAGGCUGGCGGAGAUCCGCCGCUUGGUGCUGUGCUGGUGGCUCCGGCGUUUGCCUCUGCCGUCCGCUGCGGCCGGCGGGGGAUACCUGCUGGGAAAGGAACUGAUGUUGGCGUCACUGAUGGUGUAG